AAUGUAGUUUUAGAGUCUUCAAUAAAUGUUUCUCCUAUUCGGCCCCCAUAAGGUGUGUUUUGGAUUUCGGCCCCUCGUGUGAUGAGUUUGACACCCUGAUAUAGAUGAAUAUGUUGAUGUUCUUUUGCAAGUUUGAUCUAGUUGGCCUGUAAAUCUCUUUCCUCUGGGUUCAAACCUGAACGUCUCCCUCUGGAGUAACGGCGAGCCAUGCCGUCUGCUCUGACGCAGAGGCGAUGAGUCAUAACAUGCAGCGAUCUUCUCUGCGAGCAUUUCUCUCCUGUCAGCUGCACUGACAACAUCUGCCGGGCCUCUCCGCCUCACUGACUCUCCCUUUUCCGUGGAGAUCUUCCUGAGAUGAUGAAUCUGCAAAGUGGUUGCAUUUUGAGCCUUGCUGUGGUGGGAGCUGCCGGGUUUCUGUACCUCCCUUGGUUCUGGAGCUUGUUGGCAGUCCUGGUACUCCUCAUGGUCUGGAUUGGGUCCUGGAAGAACCUUCACAUUGCUCUUCACACCUUAAAGAGAGACCUAAUGUGUCUGCUUGUGAUUAUGAGAGUGAAGUUUUCCAUGUACAGCCACCAAAGAAGAAGACACACGGUUCCGUCUUUGUUCUCCCGGAUGGUGAAGCUGCAUCCAGAUAAGCCAGCCUUGAUCUAUGAGGCCAGAGGGCAGAUUUGGAGCUUCAGGGAUCUGCAGAGGAAAUGUCACGCUGUGGCUCACUGGGCGCUGGAGCAGGGCUGGGCAGAGGGGGAUGUUGUGGCCUUGUUGAUGGAAAGCCAGCCUCUGGUGGUGGCUCUGUGGCUGGGUCUGGCCAUGGUUGGUGUGGAGGCUGCUUUCAUCAACUACAACCUCCGACAGGAGUCCCUGCUGCACUGCAUCAGUGUGUCUGGGGCUCGGGCGAUCGUGUUUGGAGUAGAAAUGACUGAAGCCUUGUUCGAGGUGAGUGGGUCUCUGCGGCCCUCCGUGAGUUUAUUCAUCACCGAAGAGGACAGAGAAAGAACGACGGAGCUCUGCAGACUCAAUCCUCAGAACGUGGUUGAUCGUCUGGACCAGCUCCCCACACAUCAACCCGCCUACAAGCUCAAGAAGGAAUUCAAUGACAGACUUUUCUACAUUUACACCUCGGGUACAACAGGAAUGCCCAAGGCAGCGAUAGUGGUGCACAGCCGGUAUUUUCGAAUUGCCGCCUUUGGUUUCUACUCCUUUGGAAUGCAGCAUAACGACAUCCUCUAUAACUGCCUUCCUCUUUACCAUUCUGCAGGCACCAUCAUGGGGGUGGGACAGUGUUUACUGUUUGGUCUGACUGUAGUCAUCGGGAGGAAAUUUUCAGCCUCUCGCUUCUGGGAUCACUGUGUCAUAUUCAACUGUACUGUGAUCCAGUACAUAGGUGAGAUCUGCCGCUACCUGUUGGCCCAGCCAGUUCGCCCCUCCGAGUCUCAGCACAGAGUGCGGCUUGCUAUAGGCAAUGGGUUGCGAGCGUCUGUGUGGGAGGAGUUUGUCAAGAGAUUCAAAAUCAAGAGAGUCGGGGAGUUUUAUGGAGCAACUGAAUGCAACUGUAGCUUAAUCAACAUUGAUGGAAAGGUGGGUGCAUGUGGCUUCAACAGUCGCCUUCUGCCCUCCUUUUACCCCAUCAGACUUGUGAGGGUGCAUGAGGAUCAUAAAGAACUCUUGAGGGAUUCACAGGGUCUCUGUGUACCCUGUUCACCAGGGGAGCCCGGGAUGCUAGUGGGGCGCAUCAAUCCCACCGACCCCCUCAGAAGAUUUGACGGCUACUGUGAUCAGACCUCAACCAACCAGAAAAUAGCUUACAACGUAUUUGAGAUGGGAGACGCAGCUUAUGUCUCAGGUGAUGUGCUGGUAAUGGAUGAAUAUGGCUACAUUUAUUUCAAGGAUCGCAGCGGGGACACAUUUCGAUGGCGAGGGGAAAAUGUGUCCACCAUGGAGGUAGAAGGAGUCCUCAGCAGGCUCCUGGGUCACACUGACGUGGCUGUCUAUGGAGUGUCUGUACCAGGGGUGGAGGGACGUGCUGGCAUGGCUGCUUUAGCCCUCACAAGGGAGCCGAUGCACCUGGACGCAUUUCUAACUGCUGUACGACAGGCUCUUCCACCUUACGCCAGACCCGUCUUCCUGCGACUUGUGCCCUCUGUUGACAUGACAGAUACCUUUAAAAUUCAGAAGAUCCGUUUGCAGAAAGAAGGAUACAAGCCCAACGAAACGAGUGACAGGAUCUACUUUCUGAACGGCCGCGCUGAGCGCUAUGAGCCCGUUACCGAGGAGCUUUAUGAAGCCAUCAAUGAGGGGAAAGUGUCACUAUGAGACAGGAGGACUCUUGUCUCAGUAUGGGCUCAUCGGCUGAUAGAAUGUGUCGUAUGACUUGUUUUAAAGGCCAGGUUUUGUGUCAGCAUGUUUUUGUACUUGUUGCAAUGACAAUAAAUUUAAAUUCAACUGA